AUGCUCAUCGGUGAGAGUUGUGUUCACGAGACAUACUACGAGGUUCUCUCGGUGAAAGAAGACGCGAGCUACGAAGAAAUCCGCAACUGCUAUCGUUCUGCGAUCCUCCACUCUCAUCCAGAUAAGCUCAACACUUCUCGUUGUAGCUCGGACGAGAAGUUUCUGAAGAUCCAAAAGGCGUGGGAAGUUCUAAGCGACGCAGAGCUGCGUGUGGUUUACGACAAUGACCUCCGAUCUUCGAGGCAGGACGGAAUCACCGCUGACGAGAUUAGCAUAGAGGAUAUGUCGGUGGAGAUCGCCGGAGAAGACGACGAAGCCAUGGAGCUUUUUUAUCAGUGUAGGUGUGGUGAUCACUUCUCUGUUGAUUCCUCUGAGCUCGAAACAAUGGGGUUUGCUUUGUUGAGAGACGGCGAUUGUGUUCAAGUUAAGAGAUUAGGUGCUUUUGUGGCGUCUGUUGUUCUUCCCUGUGGAUCUUGCUCUUUGAAAACUCGAGUUUGGGUUGAUUCUGAUAUGAAGAUUCCUCUCCUAGAUGAUCAAUUGUGA